UCAAGAGCUGCAACUUUCUAAAAUUGCAGCGAUCACAUAUAUAUAUUCUUGAGCUUAAUUUUUCUGAAACAACUAUGUCAGAUCAUCAGAGAAUUUAUCCAGUUCAUGAUGUGGAGGCACCACAAAGACCAACAGCACCUUUGGUUCCUAGUAAUGCUUCUAAAUCUGAUAUGGGUGACCCUAUGGUUCAUCCACCUCUUCCUCAACGAACCAUUCCUGUGAUGCAUUCCAAGCCACCAAAGAAAAGAAGCUGUUGCUGCAAAUUCCUGUGUUGGACUUUCAGCAUAUUGCUAAUUCUGAUAAUUGCUAUAGCAAUCACAGUUGGGGCACUAUACCUUGCAUUUAGGCCAAAGCUUCCCAAAUACUCAGUGGACAAAUUGAGUAUAACCCAGUUCCAGGCUUCUAAUAAUAACAACAGCCUUCAGGUUACAUUCAAUGUGACAAUUACUGCUAGAAAUCCAAACAAGAAGAUUGGAAUAUACUAUGUGGGUGGAAGCCAUAUAAGUGCUUGGUAUAUGGACACACAAUUAUGUGAAGGGUCUUUACCAAAAUUCUACCAGGGUCAUCGUAACACUACAGUGCUUAAUCUUCCUCUAACAGGUCAAACACAAGAUGCAACUGGUCUAGAAAAUAAGGUGCAGCAGCAGCUGCAACAGACAAACAAUAUUCCACUCAAUCUUAAGGUCAAACAGCCUGUGAGGAUUAAGCUUGGUAAGUUGAAGCUCUUCAAAAUCAAUUUCAGGGUUAGGUGCAGGCUUGUGGUGGAUAGUCUUGGUGCUAAUAAUGAUAUUAGAAUUUCAAGCAAUAGCUGUAAGUUCAGGCUUAGGCUAUGAAU